CGAGCAACAUCGUUAAAAAUCAAUACUCCCAUCAGUCUGAAUGACAGUGUUAGCCUUGGUAGUAGCGCAGCCCUUUCCAGCUGAAUUGAAAAAUCUAAAGAAGAAAAAUUGGAAAAUUAUUAAAUCGUCGGGGACUACUUUUUUCCCUAGGAAAAGGGAGGGGGGCGUGUACACUGGUCGGCCAUGAUAGGUGUCAAGCGGCAAAGCAGUGACGGCAUUCGUUCUUUGCGUCAGUCGGUUUUGUGAAGCUGAUGACUGAAUUAAAGUACAUCGGUACCAUUGUCAUCCGUAAAAAUCUCGUAAUCCAAUUGUUAAAGCCUUGUGAACGGUAGCUAGUCUACUGAAUUAUUAAAAAUCGGAUAGUAGAAGUGAUAAUCAAGGAAAAUCAUACGACAACAGAGCACUGAAGUCAUCGAGCCCAAGGGAAGUUGAUUGAAACACCGUUAAAAUGACGCAGCUACUGCCCAUAAGGUUUCAGGAGCAUCUCCAGCUCACAGCUGUCGGCAUUAACGCCAACAAUGUCAGCUUUAACACCCUCACGAUGGAGUCUGACAAGUUCAUCUGUGUACGUGAAAAAGUUGGUGACACAUCCCAAGUUGUUAUAAUCGACAUGAACGACUCUGCAAAUCCAAUAAGAAGGCCAAUAUCCGCCGACUCGGCAAUAAUGAAUCCAGCGAGUAAAGUAAUAGCACUGAAGGCUCAAAAAACCCUCCAAAUAUUCAACAUUGAGAUGAAAUCCAAGAUGAAGGCCCACACGAUGACAGAGGAGGUGGUCUUCUGGAAGUGGAUAUCACCGAAUACCUUGGCACUUGUAACAGAACAGUCUGUCUAUCACUGGUCAAUGGAGGGUGAUUCAACUCCCCAGAAAAUGUUUGACAGACAUGCCUCGUUGAACGGCUGUCAGAUUAUAAAUUAUCGUACUGAUCCCAAGCAAACGUGGCUGCUGUUGAUUGGUAUAUCUGCUCAGCAUAAUCGUGUUGUUGGGGCCAUGCAUCUGUACUCGGUUGAACGAAAAUGUUCCCAGCCCAUCGAGGGUCAUGCUGCAUCUUUUGCACAAUUCAAGAUGGAGGGAAAUGCUGAGCCCAGCAAUCUCUUCUGUUUUGCUGUAAGAACUGUUCAGGGGGCCAAAUUACACAUUAUCGAGGUGGGACAACCACCAGCAGGCAACACAGCCUUUCCCAAAAAAGCUGUCGAUGUAUUUUUCCCACCAGAGGCUGGCAGUGAUUUUCCAGUUGCUAUGCAAGUCAGCUCCAAAUACGAUGUCAUUUAUCUCAUCACCAAGUAUGGAUACAUUCACAUGUACGACAUUGAGUCUGCAACGUGUAUAUUCAUGAAUCGUAUUUCGGGGGAAACUAUCUUUGUUACCGCACCGCAUGAAGCAUCCGGAGGCAUUAUCGGAGUCAAUCGCAAGGGGCAGGUGUUGUCGGUUUCCGUUGAGGAGGAGAAUAUCAUACCUUACAUCAAUGGAGUUCUCCAGAAUCCAGAGCUUGCACUGAGGAUGGCUGUUAGGAAUAAUUUGUCUGGGGCUGAGGAUCUUUUCGUGAGGAAAUUCAAUAUGCUUUUCCAGAAUGGACAGUAUGCCGAGGCUGCUAAGGUCGCAGCUAAUGCGCCUAAGGGGAUUUUGAGAACACCGGCUACUAUACAACGAUUUCAGCAGGUACCAGCCACUCAAGGACAAACCUCGCCCCUUCUCCAAUACUUUGGAAUUCUCUUGGACCAGGGCCAGCUUAACAAAUACGAAUCGUUGGAGCUGUGCCGUCCAGUGCUUGUGCAAGGUCGAAAACAGCUCCUAGAGAAAUGGCUGAAGGAGGACAAACUCGAGUGUAGCGAGGAGCUGGGUGAUCUGGUGAAACAAGCUGAUCCAACCCUAGCACUGAGUGUUUACUUACGUGCAAAUGUACCCAACAAAGUGAUCCAGUGUUUCGCUGAGACGGGACAAUUUCAGAAAAUCGUACUAUACGCCAAAAAGGUGUCUUACACUCCUGACUACAUAUUCCUCCUGCGAAAUGUCAUGAGAAUAAAUCCAGAUCAGGGUGUUGCUUUUGCUCAAAUGUUGGUGCAGGACGACGAACCCCUGGCCGAUAUUAAUCAAAUUGUCGACAUUUUUAUGGAGCAGAAUAUGGUGCCUCAGUGCACAGCCUUUCUCCUGGAUGCUCUUAAGAACAAUCGUCCAAGCGAGGGUGUCCUUCAGACACGUUUACUCGAGAUGAAUCUUAUAUCUGCACCUCAGGUUGCUGAUGCAAUUCUUGGCAAUCAAAUGUUUACACAUUAUGAUCGUGCACACGUCGCUCAAUUGUGUGAAAAAUCUGGAUUACUUCAACGUGCACUGGAGCAUUACACCGAUCUUUACGAUAUAAAACGUGCAGUUGUACAUACUCAUCUACUAUCUGGUGAUUGGCUCGUUGGUUUCUUCGGUACCCUCUCGGUCGAGGACUCACUGGAGUGCCUAAAAGCUAUGCUCACUGCUAAUAUACGACAAAAUUUGCAGAUAUGCGUUCAAAUAGCUACCAAAUAUCAUGAGCAACUCACUACAAAAGCACUGAUCGAUCUUUUUGAGAGUUUCAAGUCGUACGAGGGACUGUUCUAUUUCCUCGGAUCAAUUGUUAACUACAGCCAGGACCAAGAAGUGCACUUUAAGUAUAUUCAGGCUGCCUGCAAAAUUGGACAGAUCAAGGAGGUCGAGCGCAUCUGUCGGGAGAGCCACUGCUAUAAUGCUGAGAGGGUUAAGAAUUUCUUGAAAGAAGCUAAAUUGUCGGAUCAACUGCCUCUUAUCAUCGUUUGCGAUCGUUUUGAUUUUGUUCACGAUCUUGUUCUUUAUCUAUAUCGUAAUAAUCUGCAGAAGUACAUUGAGAUUUACGUUCAGAAGGUAAAUCCAUCACGUCUGCCAGUGGUGGUAGGAGGUCUCCUGGAUGUUGACUGUUCCGAGGACAUAAUAAAAAAUCUAAUCCUCGUAGUACGAGGCCAAUUCUCCACCGAUGAACUGGUUGAGGAAGUUGAAAAACGCAAUCGCCUGAAGCUCCUUCUUCCCUGGUUGGAAUCUCGUGUCCACGAGGGUUGCAUCGAACCAGCAACGCACAACGCCCUAGCUAAAAUCUACAUUGAUAGUAACAACAAUCCUGAGAGAUUUUUGAAGGAAAAUCAAUUCUAUGACAGCCGAGUGGUUGGAAAAUACUGCGAAAAACGUGAUCCUCAUUUGGCAUGUAUAGCUUACGAGCGUGGCCAGUGUGAUCGUGAAUUGAUUGCUGUUUGCAAUGAGAACAGUUUAUUCAAGAGUGAAGCCAGAUAUUUGGUUAGACGUCGGGAUCCUGAUUUAUGGGCUGAAGUACUUCUCGAGAGUAAUCCCUACAAACGUCCUCUCAUUGAUCAGGUUGUGCAAACAGCCCUGUCUGAAACCCAAGAUCCAGAGGACAUUUCAGUAACAGUGAAGGCCUUCAUGACAGCAGAUUUGCCAAAUGAGCUCAUCGAAUUACUGGAGAAAAUUGUCCUCGACAGCUCGGUCUUCAGUGAUCACCGCAAUCUCCAGAAUCUUCUGAUUCUCACAGCAAUUAAAGCCGAUCGCACUCGUGUAAUGGAGUACAUCAAUCGUCUGGACAACUAUGAUGCCCCAGACAUCGCCAACAUUGCGAUUAACAAUGAGCUGUAUGAAGAGGCCUUUGCAAUUUUCAAGAAGUUUGAUGUCAACACUUCAGCCAUUCAGGUGCUCAUUGAACAGGUGGCUAACUUGGAUAGAGCUUAUGAAUUCGCUGAGAGAUGCAACGAGCCGGCUGUAUGGUCACAACUCGCUAGAGCUCAACUCCAGAAGGGGCUCGUCAAGGAAGCAAUCGACAGCUUCAUCAAGGCUGACGAUCCAUCAGCUUACAUUGAUGUUGUGGAAACAGCACAUCGCACAUCUCACUGGGAGGACCUGGUGCGCUAUCUCCAGAUGUCCAGGAAGAAGGCACGUGAAUCAUUCAUAGAGAGCGAGCUCAUCUACGCUUACGCACGCACCAACAGACUCGCUGAUCUGGAGGAAUUCAUCUCUGGGCCAAAUCACGCUGAUAUACAGAAAAUUGGUGACAGAUGCUUUGAUGAUAAAAUGUACGAAGCUGCCAAACUUCUGUACAACAAUGUCUCCAAUUUUGCAAGACUUGCGAUAACUUUGGUCCACCUGAAGGAGUUCCAGGGGGCUGUGGAUUCAGCGAGAAAAGCCAAUUCUACGAGAACCUGGAAAGAGGUGUGCUUUGCCUGUGUUGACAGUGGAGAAUUUCGUCUUGCUCAGAUGUGUGGUCUACACAUUGUCGUUCAUGCUGAUGAGCUCGAGGAUCUCAUCAAUUAUUAUCAGGAUCGUGGACACUUUGAGGAGCUAAUCAAUCUACUGGAGGCUGCACUUGGCCUUGAACGUGCACACAUGGGAAUGUUCACUGAACUGGCUAUUUUGUACAGCAAGUACAAGCCACAGAGAAUGCGUGAACAUCUCGAACUUUUCUGGUCACGUGUCAAUAUUCCCAAGGUGUUGAGAGCGGCAGAGUCAGCACAUCUGUGGGCUGAGCUUGUAUUCCUUUAUGAUAAAUAUGAGGAAUAUGAUAACGCUGUUCUCGCCAUGAUGCAGCAUCCAACUGAGGCAUGGAGAGAGGGACAUUUCAAGGAUGUCAUCACUAAAGUUGCUAAUGUGGAAUUGUACUACAAAGCCAUUCAAUUUUAUCUUGAAUACAAACCACUGCUGUUGAAUGACAUUCUGCUUGUUCUUUCACCGAGAAUGGAUCACACGAGGUCAGUCGCUUAUUUCACCAGAACUGGGCAUCUUCAGCUUGUCAAGCCCUAUCUGAGGUCUGUACAGGCAUUGAAUAACAAAGCGAUCAAUGAGGCUUUGAAUGGAUUGCUAAUCGAUGAGGAGGACUACCAGGGGCUCAGGACGUCUAUCGAUGCCUUUGAUAAUUUUGAUAAUAUUGCCCUUGCCCAACAGCUCGAGAAACACGAGCUCAUAGAAUUCAGGAGAAUUGCAGCUUAUUUGUAUAAAGGAAACAACAGGUGGAAGCAGAGUGUCGAACUUUGUAAGAAGGACAGACUGUUUAGGGAUGCUAUGGAGUAUGCUGCUGAGUCAAGAAAUGCUGAGGUAGCUGAGGAGUUACUCGAGUGGUUCUUGGAGAGGGACUCCAAGGAUUGUUUCGCUGCUUGUCUGUUUUAUUGUUAUGAUCUACUUCAUCCUGAUGUUAUCCUUGAACUUGCGUGGAGACAUAGGAUUCUGAACUUUGCAAUGCCGUAUCUUAUUCAAGUUAUGAGGGAGUACAUCACCAAGGUCGAUAAAUUGGAAGAGGCUGAGAGUAGACGUGUAGAGGAAACCGAUCAUCAGGAGCACAAGCCAAUGAUAAUGCCGGAGCCCCAACUAAUGUUGACAGCUGGGCCCGGUAUGAUGGCACCGGGUUAUGCUCCACAAGCAGUAUACGGUAAUCCAGCAGCACCAGGUGUCUAUGCACCACCGGCCGCUGCUUAUCAGGGCUACGGCAUGUGAGACGGCGCAUUGAAUGAUAAUUUUCACAGCGCUAAUGAACAAUACCAACUUUUCUCAAGGUUUCAAUAGACCAUUCAAAUACGCCGUUUAGUUAAUCAUUAUUUUUCGUAGAAAUUUAAUCGACCUGAACUGCAGUAACUGAUUGAAAAAAAAAACAACUCAUACGAAUGAACAUUCAUAAAAAAUAAACAGAGACUCUGUUAGAUAGUAUCGAACCUAUUGUGUUCGAUUAUUUUGGUGAGAAAGUUGAUACAAAAAUUAUGAAAAUUUGCUGUUGUCCAUCGAGUGCCCAAUUGCCUCGAUGACAUGACUCGCUUCCCCUCUUUCCCCUUCACUGAUUUCUUGUGACAGUUGUCCUUCAGAGAAAAAUUAUUGUCUGUUUGUAAUUAUAAUUUUUCCAGUGCAGUAAUCAGAAAAGUGAAAGAUAAUAAUGACGAGAAAAAUGAAUUAGUUGAACAGAAGAAUUUGUUUUACGUUACAGUCCAUUAGUUUUCAUUUUGACGAGCCAUUCAAAGUAUGUGAAUUUUUCCUCGAAUUUCUCAUGAAUUUUCGUUUGUUGAUAUGUGUAUAUUUAUCCAUCAGCGGAAAAUUAAAGGAAGAAAAAGAAGAUGACCACGAAAUUGGAAAUUAAGAAUAAAAUAUGGAAAAAGUGUCGUGGCAUUUUGUGUUAGAAUUAUUGUAUUUUAUGGAACCGCUAUCAUUAUGAAUUGCCCUCAUUUUUUGAUGAUUAAUAAUUUUCAUAAAGUCGAAACAUUGGUAAAGUAUAGAACGGUUUAUUGUGAAAUUAUGAAUUAUAGAUUGUUAUCGUCUCAUUGAUGUUACAAAUGACGGAUUUUUGAUUGAUGGGAUGAGAAAAUCGGCAGUCACGUGGUUUAGCGUCUAGUGGCAGAAUGAUGUUUUAUAUUUCUUGUGAACCUAUGGCUCAAAGCCCCCAGCGAGUCUAUUAAUUUUUUUUUCUUGGAUUGUAUAAUUUAAUUAGAAAUAAAGCAAUUGUUUUCUCUUAGUUUAUCUGGA